UGUAAUUCAACAAAUCAUGCUGGUGAUAACUUUUUUGAAUCUGCUAGCACUUUCAAGUGGCGCGCGAAUUUUAGGGAUCGUACCAACUCCGUGUUACAGUCAUCAGACUGCUUUUUGGCCGAUAUGGAAAGAGCUAGCUUCUAAAGGUCACAAUGUGACACUAAUCACGCCCAACCCUAUAAACGAUCCCAAACUGUCAAACCUGAUCGAAAUCAACACACAUGAAACUUACAAAAUUUGGAGGCCCAUGUAUGGUGACAUGAAAUCGUUACAUGAUCCUUUCAAAGUAAAUGAGAUAUUGUUUCCUGCAAUACACACUAUAUCGCAAUAUAUCUUUGACAACAAGGAAGUUAAGGCUCUGAUGGGAAACGAUUCUACAUUUGACUUAGUGAUUGUUGAGUCAUUGUUUCCAGAGAUGUUAAUUUUCGGAGAGGUUUACAAAUGUCCAACGGUGUUUCUGAGUUCUUUUGGCGGCCUUAAUAGGAUACAUGAAAGUAUCGGCAACCCGAUUCAUCCUAUAGUUUACCCUGAACUGCCUCUACCUUUCUAUACGGAUCUUACCUUCAAAGAACGUAUUACCAGCGUCUUGUUUUAUCUGAACGAUAAAUUUGGAUUUUUGAGACGGUCAUAUGAGAUGAAAAACAAUAUGUUGAAAAAAUAUUUCGGUGAGAAUGCACCGACUGUAACACAAUUGAGUGACAAGGUGUCCAUGACUUUUCUCAACGUGCAUCCAGCUUUGGAUGGCGUUAGAUUGAUUGGACAAAAUACCAUCAAUUUUGGAGGAAUGAUCCAUAUCAGGAAGCCUCAACCUUUACCCAAGGACCUAAAAGAAUUCUUGGAUGAAUCUAAGGAAGGUGUAGUAUACUUCUCGUUGGGAAGUAACGUAAGAAGUGCGGAUUUGAAACAGGAAGAAUUUGAAGCUAUAGUGCAAGCGUUAAGCGAACUACCGUAUAAAGUACUAUGGAAAUAUGAGUCUGAAGAUAUACCGAAAAAGCCAAAGAAUGUUAAAUUUGUUAAAUGGACCCCGCAGCAAGAUGUUUUGAGGCAUCCAAAUGUAAGGGCGUUUGUCACCCAGGUAGGCUUACAAUCAUUAGAUGAAGCCAUAUAUUUCCACGUUCCUAUGGUGAUGUUACCCUUUUAUGGUGAUCAAGAACAAAAUGCAAAGAAGGCAGAACUUAAGAAAAUUGGAAAAGCUAUUUACAUCAUGAAGGACGGUAUAACCAAGGACCAGUUGAGAAAUUCUAUAAUAGAAGUCAUUGAAGAUCCUAGCUAUCGCACAAAUGUAAAAUAUCUCGCGGAGCUUAUACUGGAUGAACCGAUGUCAGGAGUUGAUAAAGUAAUAUGGUGGUCAGAGUACGUCAUCAGGCAUAAAGGUGCCAGACACUUAAGAAAUCACAUUUUGGACAUACCCUUGUAUCAGUACUUCAUGUUGGACGUUAUCGCUUUCUUCGUCUCAGUGCUCACAACUUUGUUAGUUUUGGUAUGGAUAGCAUGUAGAAUGAUUUGGAACUGUACAUUUGCAAUUGAAUCUGAUAAGAUUAAAGAAGAGUGAUUAGCUAAGGAUUUAACGUAUAUAAUGUAUACAAGGUAUACAAUGCAUACAAUGUAUACAACGUAUACGACGUAUACAAUGCAUAAAAUGUAUACAAUGUACAAAAUGUAUACAGUGUAUACAGCGUAUACAAUGUGUAAAAUGUACAAAAUGUAUACAUUGUAUACAAUCUAUAUAAUAUAUGCAAAGUAUACAAUGUACAAAAUGUAUACAAACCAUACAAUGUAUACAACGUCAAAGCGGAAGUGACCCGUGGAUCGGCAAGAGCAAUAUGGUUGGGCGCUAAGGACGGACAGCGAUGAACUUGGCUUCAUUUUAUUCAAAGACGCGAGGUUAUAUCUGUAGAGUGCAGUGUUUGCAGGGAAAGGCUGUCCAAUUCAGCUACGUGUCAAUUGAAAUCUAACCCUUUUCGGCGACUAACGCGUUAUCAAGAAAAAGUUGACUAAGACAAGCAUAUAGAGAAGUGCUUUUGAACUUAUAGCGAUUUUUGCAGUCAUAAAAUAGUCUGCAAUGCUAGUAACAGCCGUAAUCACAGCUAAUGUCGCAGUCCUCGCCAAGCAGGUAUCACAAUAUCCUCAAUAAAUACAGAAGCUCUAACAAGAGACCACUACAGUAUUCGGAUGGAACACAGUGAAACACAAAAUGAGUGACAGAGGGUAAAAUGACUAAUUUCACUCAGUGUGAAUUUUGUUUGUUUAUUUCAGCAAUGCUACCGAUUUAUUUGAGAC